GGAAGAAAUCGUAGCCACCACAACAAUCACACACUCUAUCUAUGACUAGUAUAUAAGCAGAGCAGGCCUCCCUUUUUAUGCAUAGCCUCCAUAUAUUAUAAAAUAUUGAGUAAACAUUUUGCUGCAACAACAAUGGAAGGAGCUGGGAGCAGUGAAUAUAGAAAAGCGUUUUGGACAGCGGAGGAAGAUAGAAUCUUGAUGGAUUACGUAAAGGCGCAUGGCAAAGGGAAGUGGAAUCGUGCAGCAAAAGUCACAGGCCAGAACUUCUUUUUUCUUUUUCUUUUUUUCCAUGUUGAAGGAAUUGAUGCUAGUUUUAGUGCUCGUGGCAUGUUUUUUUUAUCAGCUAAAAGAUUUGAAUGUUGUGGUUUAGGCCUCAAGAGGUGUGGCAAAAGCUGCAGGUUAAGAUGGAUAAAUUAUCUAAGCCCUAGUGUUAAGCACGGGGGUUUCUCAGAGGAAGAAGAUGACCUUAUCAUCCGGCUCCAUAAGCUUCUUGGCAAUAGGUGGUCCUUAAUUGCUGGUCGGGUCCCGGGAAGAACAGAUAAUCAAGUGAAGAAUCAUUGGAACACUCGUAUAAGCAAAAAACUUGGAAUCAAGAAGGGAAAGUGUAAAAUUAGUGAUUCUUCGUCAAAAUUCUCCAAGAAAUUAGAGGCUAAUUUCCAUAUUAAAUUAAGUUCAAAUGAUGAACCAAUUUCUUGUAAUAAUAACACUACUGAAAUUGAACUCCAAAAUGUGAUAGAAAGCAGUCAUGAGAAGGCAAAAGAAAUCACAAGCACCCAUGAGCCAACAAUAAGGAGUGAUUGCUUUGAGAAUUUUUGGCUUUCUAUUGAUGAACCAUAUCUAUGUACUCCUAGCUUAAUGGAACUUUCAGACGAGUCUCUUGGUUUUUUUAUGGCAUGAAAUGUAAAGCUCCAUUUUGUAAUAUUUCGACAAAUCUCUUUUUAAUAAGAUAAUUUUUUUCCUAUUC